AUGGACGGAGCGGCGGAGCCCGAGGCGGACACGCUGGUCAAGCGGGGAGCGGGGGGCGGCGGCCGCGCCCGCCGGGGCAAUUGGUCUGGGAGUCUUAUUUUAGCCUCCUUAACUGGUGCUUUUGGGUCGUCUUUUCUUUAUGGUUACAAUCUGUCGGUGGUGAAUGCUCCCGCAGGGUAUAUUAAGAAGUUUUACAAUGAAACCUGGGAGAGGAGAUAUGGCUUCUCGGUGGAUGAAGGCACACUGACGCUCCUCUGGUCCAUAACUGUUUCUAUUUUUGCCAUCGGUGGCCUUGUGGGUGCCAUUAUUGUUACCCCGAUUGUGAAGUUUUUUGGAAGGAAAUGCACACUGGUGCUCAACAAUGUGUUUGCAGUGGCAGCUGCGUUGCUGAUGUCCCUGUCCCUGCUGGCGGGGUCGUUUGAAAUGCUCAUUCUGGGCCGUGUUAUCAUGGGUGUUGAUGCAGGCAUUUCCUUAAGUGCCCUCCCCAUGUAUUUGAGUGAAAUAUCUCCUAAGGAAAUCCGUGGUUCAUUGGGUCAGGUCACAGCGAUUUUCAUUUGUAUUGGUGUUUUCACUGGUCAAGUUUUGGGGCUACCAGAAAUAUUUGGGCAAGAAUCUCGGUGGCCUUUCUUAUUUGGAGCAAUCAUUGUUCCUUCAUUGGUACAAGCUGUGAUUCUGCCUUUUCUUCCCGAAAGUCCUCGGUACCUCCUGCUCGAAAAGCAUAACAGGAGCAAGGCAGAAAAAGCAUUUCAGAGAUUCCUUGGGAAAGAUGACGUGUCUCAUGAAAUAGAAGAAGUUCUGGCAGAGUCUCGAGUCCAAAGAAACACCAAGCUGGUGUCGAUUGUUCAGCUCCUGAGAACGCGCGCGGUGCGAUGGCAGAUCGUCACCGUGGUCGUCACCAUGGGCUGCUACCAGCUCUGCGGGCUAAACGCUAUCUGGUACUACACAAACAACAUCUUUAGUGAAUCUGGGAUCAAUCGUGAAACAAUCCCUUACGUUACACUAAGUACUGGUGCUGUUGAGACUCUGGCUGCUGUUUUUUCUGGCUUAGUUAUUGAACGGCUUGGACGCAAGCCUCUCCUCAUCGGGGGUUUUGGGUUGAUGGUCGUCUUCUUUGCUGUACUCACUGUUUCCCUGACUUUACAGAACACUGUGCAUUGGCUUCCUUACCUCAGCAUAUUUUGUAUCCUUGCAAUCAUUGCAUCCUUCUGCAUCGGACCAGGUGGGAUUCCCUUUGUCCUCACUGGAGAGUUUUUCCAGCAGUCACAGAGGCCAGCUGCAUUCAUGAUAGCUGGGACAGUCAACUGGCUCUCCAACUUCGCCGUGGGACUGCUCUUCCCUUUCAUCCAGGCUGGUUUACAGACCUACUGCUUCCUAGUGUUUGCUGGCAUCUGCUUUGCAGGAGCGACCUACCUGUUUUUUGUCCUGCCUGAAACAAAAAAUAAGACAUUUCACGAGAUCAGCCAAGCAUUUGCCAAAAGGAAUAAAGUAGCUUUAGAAAUGCAAGAGAUGAACCACUACCCAGGGGAGAGGAAAUCAAGUGAAGAACAAGAAUCAAACUUCGCAUCUUCAGCGGGCAAUGGGAAAACCAAAAAAGGGAUUGUGUAAGCCCAGGAUGCUCUUUCAGGGGAUGGGGGAAAUUCUGCUCUUUUAAUUUAUAGCAGUGCACAACUUGUAUGUUUUAUGACAUCAUGAACUGCUUCUCCCUUGGAAAUGUUCUAAGUGAGUCUGGGUGAACUCAUUAGCAGCUGGGGUAACAGGUGGGACAAUGGGGAGGGGGGAGGAGAGGCAACUGAUAAAAUAAAUGAGAUGGAGUUGGCUUGGCACCUGUGAAGCAAGUGCUGUGGUGAGUGGGGUGGGGAAUAUAGACUUGGAGACGUGAAGUGGCAUGGGGAGCCAGGGUUCUGAGGAGCAGCUGGUGAAGUGCCCCUGUGCAUGCUCUCUCCAAGAGGAAGAGGUGGCAGGGACAAGGGAAGAGAUGCCAGUCUGCUGAGAAGCAAACCUGAAAUGGCACCAGAAUGUAUUUCUCCACGUUUCCCAAGAUGUCAUUCAAGCUGCCCAUGAGAACUGACAUGACACUUCCCUGAUCUCCCAUUCCUUUUCUAGCUAUUUUGACUUUCAGUUGCAUUGUUUGAACAUCUCCCACCUUCCCACAAAUGGGCAACUCUGGGUCCUGAUGAGUUUCCUUGCCUCACCUGCAAAUCCUGAUUCACUAGUAAUAGAGUUGUCUCUAGUUUCUGGGUUUGCUGGAACUACAUUUGUCUGAAGAUAUAUAUUUACAUAAUUUUAUUUUUUAGGAAUAAACUUAGAAGCUUUAAUAUGAAAAGAAAACUAAACCUCAUGGUGAAGGGGGAGAUCUCUGAUGGUAUGUGUAGAGCAGAGUAUUGAAACAAAAAAUUCAAACAAGAAAUGUUCCAAUUGGUUUGUUUGUUUAUUGCUUUUCUUUUCACAUUCCUUUUAAAACAAGACUUAGGAGCCCAAAUUUCCCUGAGACCUGAUAAUUUAGUUCUUAACACUCAGACCUCUGCAUAGGAAUUUGGGCUCCUAUUUCUUGCUUAAACACUAAUUUUUAUUUGGGCAUUAGAUUCUGAAGCACCAGGCCUAGUUCACAUUAAUGAGUUCCUAAGUUGUCCGAAGCUUUGUAAAACUGCUUAAUUUCAUGAGAGAAAGGCUCAGCAGGCUCUCAGUGGUUUGGAGAACAAUUCACAGGAUUUUUUUCUUAAUGAACGUUAUCUUUACGGUUUGUAAUUUUGAUAACCAUUUUUCUUGAUCCCUCUAGGCACCUAGAUGUAGAGGGGUAAUAAGAAUUUUAAAAUUAAAAUAUAUGAAAAGUCAGUAAGUCUUGGAGCUGCUCUCAGUUAGGAGUAAGACACAAAGUGCAGCAUGUAGGUAGAGUCAACUGCUCCCUCUAAUUAUAUUUCCUAAUCUAGAAAUUAUUGCAUUUGGAGCCUUUCUAUGAGAAAAUUUGCAUAUAUAUAUUCAUAUAUGUGUCUAUAUGAAUAUAUAUAUAUAUUCCAAGUAUAGAUAUAUAUAAUAUUAGUGGCUUUAAGGUGAAAGAGGGUAGAUAGAGACUGGAUAUCAGGAAGAAAUUCUCUACUGUGAGGAUGAUGAGACACUGGAAGAGGUUGCCCAGAGAAGCUGUGGCUGUCCCAUCCCUGGAAUUUUUCAAGUCCAGAUUGGAUGAGGCUUUGAGCAACCUGGUCCAGUGGAAGAUGCCUUUGCCCAUGGUGGGGGAUUGGAACAAGAUGAUAUUUAAGGUGCCUGCCAACCCAGGCUAUUCUGUGAUUUAUAGUCAUAUAUAUACACGCACAAUGGAUAAUUAUUUUCCAAUAUCUGGGGGGGUUGUUUGUAUUUCUCUAAGUGAUAAGCUGUUUUUUGUUUUGUUUUACACUGUAAAUUACACUGUAAAUUAAAAUCAGAGAUCCUAAUGUUCAGCUGUUACUACUAAUUUAUGUAUAUAGUUUUAUACUGUGAUUUAUUUGUAUGUGGCAUAUUUUCCACAGACAUCAUAAGCUGACCUAAUUGGGCAAUUUCAUUACUAGGUACUUGACAAAAAAUUGAUGAGUGCUUUCAUGCCAGACUUUAUGGUUUUUUUACUGGGAUAGAAGUACAGCAGUAAGAAAAUGAAAUAUAUAUGAGAGAGAGAAUUGAGAAUGAAAAAUUAAAAAUGUAUGGGUAUGGUGCUACUAUUAAGGGAUUGAAGCAGGAUUACACCAACUGGCAGUCAUAAAUGGAAGCUAAUCAAAUACUGUAGAGAAAACUGAAGAAAAAUAUUAUUUCAAUAACCACUUGUAAAAUUACAUCUACAAUAAAUGAAAAUAUUACCUUUCAGUGCCUUUAGUUCCCUAUUCCAAGGGUUACAUGAGGCUUGCUAAGUGAAUGGCUAUGUAAACAUUGAGUGUGAAUGCCAGCCCCCCCGAAAAUUUUAUGAAAAGUUUCUUCCUUUUUUGCCUGCAGGGCAAGACUGGCAAAUUCAGACCCUCUCCUUCAGACUGGGAAUUACCUUACUUUGUAGUUAGAGCUGCUAACACAGUAUGAUGAGAUCUGCUUCAAGCCAAGGUGGCAAGAUUGGAAGCCAAUAUUAUUAGAAUGAGAAGAAUGUAACAUUUAGUGCUGUUCAUUAAUGUACAUUAUAGACACGGUUGAAAAUGUUACCAUUGGAUAACUUCAAUUAAAUAUCAUGCUGACUUGAUACAGCAGUUAUAUCAGAAAUCAGGACUUCUGCAACAAAACAAAACCAUCUUAUAUUUACCUAGAAUUGCAUUUGGAGCCCAGCUCUGAAUGCAUAGGUAGAGAUAUCUUGAUAGAAUUUCCUAUCAUAGCUCGGGGGCCUUGUACAGCAUUAACAGAAGGGGUCAUGUUUUCAUUUCUGCAACCCCAUUUGCCCUCCUCUUGUCCCACCUGAGAUGGGCACACACUUUCUGUGAGGCUGCAAGAGCUGCUACAGACUGGGUACAGUGUGGGACAGGCGUUCCACAUCUCACCAGAUUUUCGUUGCCGUCCAUGUUCAAAGCAAUUCCAGGCCAAGCUAGUGCUUUGUUCACUGGCCAGGGAAGUGUCUUCUGCCUUGGGCUGUGGAAGUUCCAGAUGUGCCAGUAUUUCGUUAACUUUCUUGUCUCUGAACCCAAUGAGAGUUUUGUGUUAUUCUUGAAGUUGUUCCGUACAGUUUUUUUCCCAUUGCUAUGCUGCUAUAAUUUCUCCAGCAAUGAGAGGACAACAUGGAAAAUAUCAGCAAUUUAUUGUUUAUUUUUUCUUGUUGAAUGUAUCAAAUUGUCUAUCGACUGUGUGUUUGUCAGCAAAUGUUGUGUGGUGCUAUAUUCCCUUUUCCUGUCUGACACUGAGGUGAGGUACUGUGAGGUGGUGUUUGUAUGGGUGCCGCAGGUCUGUGUGAU